UUUAAUGUAUGGAUAUAAUCAGUAACUGCAGUUUCAGUGUGGGACACAUCAAACACUGCAUGAAGUGCGUUAGGUGGCAGUGCUGGUAUACCCCCGUAGUAUGGAAAUGACCAAGAGUGCAUUUUUCAUGGCCAUGGAGACUCUUUGGAUAUUGACUUUAAGUCUGACAUUGAAAGAAAUCAUUGGAGUAGUAAUUAAAGAACAACCAGAUAAUCGUAUCACGCUCCCACGAGGACAAUCACUGAUACUCUCCUUAAAUUACAGUCUGAGCUCUGACGAAAAAAGUAACCCCAUUAUAACUGAACUGAAGUUGAACAAAACAAAAGUAUUCGGCUACAGUGAACUAAAUGGAAACAGUGUACAUGAUACAACUAGUGGUCAUUUCAAGUCACGAUCUGAUUUGCGAUUCCUCACUUCUCCACAAUCUUAUGUUGGUCUUAUAAUUGAAGAUACUCAGUUAAGCGACUCUGGGGAGUAUGCUUGGAGUGUCACUGUCCUCGGGUUUGCUACAGUUGAAGGGAACCCAAUAAAUGUGGUCAUUGGAAGUGAACCAAAGGGUGCCACACUAAACGUCACACGCCAGGCUGGUUUAAGUUAUGUGUUAGAGUGUCAAGUCACAGGAGCCAUUCCACUCCCAAAUAUCACCAUAUGGAACGGCACGGAAAUACUGCACGAGAGGCCUUCAACAGUGUCAACGUAUGUCACCAUCAACGCCACCUCUGAGUCUGAGUACAGCUGCACUGGUGUUAAUGUACUGCACUGCGGAGCAGACAUGAAAUUUUACUCAGAAAAAGUAAAAUCAAUCAAAAAGUGAUCUAAAAUUGUGUGUUAAUUUAUUUGCCAGUAUUUAAUUACACCUCACAUAUUCAGUGAAAAGAAACGUUGCUCAUUAGGUUAACGUUUAAAUAAAGUAUAGAAAUACAGAGGAGGUGACAAAAGUAUUGCACAUUUUUCCCUUUAUUUGUGAGU